AUGGUACGAGUUGCAAUUGCAGGCGGGACUGGUAAGCUGGGGAAGACCAUUGCCGAAGUUCUAUCCCAAAACCCAAAGCACAAUGUAUUUGUGUUGACUCGCAAGCCCACUACCCUACCUCGUGUCGACGCUCCUGUUUGCGUUGUAGACGAUAAAAACGUGGACGGCCUCACAAAACUGCUAGAGGAGAAUGCUAUCGAGGUAAUUAUCUCGACAAUCCCAGUGGCUACUGCGGAAGCGAGCGAGAUGGAAAUCAAUCUUGUGCGUGCCGCCAGCCAGUCCCGCCCGACCAAGCGCUUCAUUGCCAGCCAGUGGGCGAUUCCUGUCCCUAACCCUCGGCUUCAUCUUCCGAAUCAAAAGUAUCUGGAUGCCACUAUCGACGAACUGAAAACCACAGAGCUGGAGUGGACGACAAUCUACAAUGGCUAUUUCAUGGAUUUCUUCGGCACUCCUCAUGUCAAGAGCAACAUGGGGAUUUUUGCUAUCCAUAUUGACAUGGCUAGCAAAGUGGCGGCUAUACCAGGAACAGGUGACGAGAAGAUCUCGUUCACGUACACCUACGAUAUCGCGAAGUUUGUGGACGCAGCCCUUGAUUUGCAAGAGUGGCAACAGAGUCUGUUUUGCUAUGGAGAUGUGCGCACCUACAAUGAAGUGUUGAAGUUGGCGGAGAAAUAUACAGGCGCCAAAUUCACUGUCACCUAUGACAGUCGUGAGAAGCUGGAGAGAGCGGAGAUGACUGAGCUACCAUUCCAUACUCAGAUUUACUCUUUGAGGCCCAAAGCUGUGCUGCAGCACAGAUUCUCUCGGUUUGGAUUGUGUGGUAUCGAUGGCUUUUAUAUUCCACCAAGUGAUGGGACGACUCUGAACGAUCGUUUCCCCCAUAUCAAGACUACGACAGUAGCAGACAUGAUGGCGACUUGGAAAGGAAGAUAG